CCUCCUGCUCCUCCUCUUCCUCUUCUCUAGACCUGUUUAUUCCUCCUCCUCCUCUUCUCUGACCUGCUCCUCCUUACCAUGGCGGCCCCGGUGAGAGGGUUUCGUCUGCUGCUGCCCCGACGCCCGGCCGCCCACACGCCCGCACGCCCAUUCUUCAGCCCCGCGAAGGAUGACAAGCCCGGCCCAGCCCCGGCCAGCGCCAGCCCCGAAGAGGAGCUGGACGUCCUUCCAGCUGACAGAAAACUGGACUUCGACGCUACCUCCCUGGCCGCACGGGGGUACCUGAGGAGCCAGAAGCCAUACAAACCACCAGGAGAUGCAGGACAAAAGGUCUUGGGCAUCUGCGAGCGUGUGCUGGGGACCCAGGCACCCAACGCGACCUUCCCAAGUGCCCAGGACAAGUGGAAGGUGCUGACCCAGUGUUCCCAAGCCCUCGGCCACACGCUGCCCAACUCCCUCCUGCACCGUGUCACUAGUGUGGAAGAGCUGGUGACCUUCUACCUCACCCCUGUCAACACCACAGUGCCCCUGGACAUGAUGAAGGACAUGGACCUGCCCAAGAACCUGCAUGUCACCUAUAACUACACCAGGUUCCAUCCAGAGACGGACACCAAGUUUGGGGGCGUGUCUGUCUUCACCAAGGACUCCACGCUUGUCGUCGGUCUCAAGAACAAGAAGCGCUACCCAGGCUACAACGCAGAGACCAGCUGGCCCUCUAAAUGAAGCACCAUGGCUGGCAGUGUGUCGUACUCCACCUGAAAUUGACCUCUUCUGACUUCUUGCGCUUUUUUUUUUUUUUUUUUGUUUGUUUUUUU